CGCAGCUAUGCACAAGCGCGAAGGGACGAGUGGCAACAAAGUCAUCAGCCCUAGGCCAUGACCUCGUACAAUGCCUAACUGCAUUCAAUUCUCUCUAGUUGUGCAUCUCCCCUCGAUCUCUUCUUUUCUCCCCGUCUUGUUGUUCCUGGUCAGCCUUUUCUUCAUCGUUCAGCGUACUAUCCGAAGUCCGAAGGUUGAAGAAGGCCCUGUUAUUAUUGCAGCACCGAUAUCACCAAUAAAGACGCCAAUUAAACAAGAAGAGGGUCCAAACGUCGCUGCACUAGUGCUACCCACGGAGAUGAGCCACUAUACGUCGCAUGGAGCGUCUGAAGAGUUGAAAGGGCUUUGGAACAAUGGCGAUGGCGUCUCCCAUUUGCUACUGAGCCGCACCUCGAGCUCCGAUGAUUCUAGUACCAGCGAUCAGACAGAGGAUGUGGCAGGUUCCUCAUCUGCAGUCGAUCCCCAUACCGAUCUUUCGCGUUAUCCCGAAACCGUACCUUCCCGACGACGAUUCACACUAUCUAUUCUUCAACCUAUGGAGCGAUCCAUAUUCUCCGGGGAUGUGUGGAAAGAUCACACUUUCUCCCCGUAUGAGUCGCCUACCCGGCAUGGCCCUCCCGCUGCUAUCACAUCACACGAUCUAGUCAAGAUAGAUGCCUCUGAGGAUUGGCAAGUUUUGGCAUAGACGGCCAUAACAUUUCGAGGUAAUAAUCUUCCAUGAGGCAUGAAGAGACAUGAGACGCAGAUUCCUCAUAGUCUUCUCAUGGACCUAUCACCCAGUAUUCAUCUGCAUCAGCGCUUCAUCAGAAAGUAUUGGUUUCAAACCAUAUACCAGAGGAAUUGACAUUAUUUUGGUUGGCUACAUACGCUUUAUGGUAUAAUUCACGCGAUUUGGAGGUCAUUCAAGACCAAGAACUUCUGCGUGCCAAGUUCAAACAUUGUUCAUAGAAUGUGUAUAUAGGUCCAGUACUAGAGAUGAGGGUGAUUAAUUGGAUGAAGUAAUGGAGAUAGAAACUAAGUUCGAGGAAAAGAGAGUUGACUUGAGAGGGGGAGAUGCAGCGAAAAAUUGUCCUAAAGAGAUCCCAAUGUCACUCCGACGGAAAGGGAAAAAUUACCAGAUUGACCACGGCCUAAUGCAAUAAAUAUUCUGCGAUGAUCAUCUCAUAGCAACGAUUUCCAACCCGCCUCUUUGCAUUUCUUAACGAGUUUCUUAACCUCCUGCGACCGCGCGCGCGUGGUCACAAGUAAGGUGUCGGGCAUGUCGACAAUGACAAGAUCGUCUACACCAAGGCAGGCCACAAGACGCCCCGACCCAGGCACGACAAUUCCACCAGCAACCUGCUCCGUGAGAACAAGCGAACUGUCGCCCAAGAUGCGAGGCUGGUUGG